AUGGCCGACACCCAUCAGCACGCCGAGCAGGCGACGCAUGAGACCACACCCGGUUUGCGUCGCAACUCUGACCCUGCUCUCGAGCCCGAGCAUCAGCAUACCCACGGCCACCUUCACCAUGCGCCUGGCGUCGCACCUGCAAACGAUGUCAUAUACACAAAGGGAACCGAAAUUCCACUGCACAAACACAUGGAUGGUGCAGGAUCCAGCACUCCACCGGAUUACAGCGACACGGAGAAACCUCAGCCUGGCAUCUUGGCCCAGCGCGAUGUCGAGGGUGGCCAAACGGAGUACAGGUCUUCAUACCGUACCUUUUAUGACGGCCCGGGUCGCAAUAUUGUCCACGUCUUCUUCUUUCUCCUCUUUACCGGUUGGUGGAUUGCUUCGCUGAUUCUGCAUCGCAAUGACAAGAAUUGGCUUGUUCCUUUUCUUUUAUGGCUUUGCAUCAGUCUGCGCAUCCUCUUUUGGCACGUUCCCAGUCGCUAUGUCAGCAGCGCCAUCCGCACCACCUGGAAGCAUUCUGCCGUCGUGGUUUACAACAGAAUUCCUGCUAAGUUGCGCACUCCUGCUGGUGCUUUUGUUACUGUUGCUUCCAUGCUUGUUGGCUCCUUUGUCACGGAAGAGAGCGUCAACAACACUCGUGGCAACCGUGCCAUUAGUCUGCUCGGAAUGGCCAUCAUUAUCUUCUGCUUCUGGCUCACCAGCGCCCACCGCAGCAAGGUCAACUGGCGCACUGUCAUUGGAGGCAUGCUCUCUCAGUACGUCAUUGGACUGUUUGUCCUUCGCACAAACGCAGGUUACUCCGCCUUUCGCUUCAUUGCCGACCGGGCUGGUGAUUUGCUUGGUUUCGCCAAAGAUGGUGUGAAAUUCUUGACUGAUGCCGACACGGCUGCCAAGCCCUGGUUCUUCAUUGGCGUCAUCCCUGCCAUCAUCUUCUUCAUCUCGCUUGUCCAGGUCCUAUACUACCUUCAAUUUCUGCAGUGGUUCAUUACCAAGUUUGCGACAUUUGUCUUUUGGGCUCUUGGUGUGUCGGGCGCUGAGGCCGUCGUCGCCGCUGCUACUCCCUUCAUUGGCCAGGGAGAAUCUGCCAUGCUGGUUCGUCCUUUUGUCCCACACAUGACCAAUGCUGAGAUUCAUCAAAUUCUCACAUGUGGUUUCGCCACCAUCUCUGGCUCCGUUCUUGUCGGUUAUAUUGGUCUCGGUCUGAACAAGGAAGCUCUCGUUUCUUCCUGCAUCAUGUCCAUUCCAGCUUCGCUCGCCAUUUCCAAACUGCGCUACCCCGAGACGGAAGAAACCCUGACUGCUGGUCGUGUCGUGAUUCCCGAUGACGACGAGCACAAGGCCGAAAACUUUCUGCACGCCUUUGCAAACGGUGCUUGGCUGGGAAUCAAGAUUGCUGGAACCAUUGUCGCAUCGCUUCUCUGCAUCAUUGCUGUCGUCGGCCUCAUCAACGGUCUCCUUACCUGGUGGGGUCGCUACCUGAACAUCAACAACCCCACGUUGACGCUACAAACCAUCCUGGGUUACGCCCUCUUUCCCGUUGCUUUCUUGCUUGGUGUACCGCAAAACAAGUACGAACUCUUGAGUGUUUCCCGUCUUAUCGCGGAGAAGAUUAUUACCAACGAGUACAAUGCCUUCAAAUCGCUUGUCACCGAUGCAGCUUACGCCGACCUCUCCCCUCGUUCGCAAUUGAUUGCAACCUAUGCUCUGUGCGGAUUCGGCAACAUUGGCUCGCUCGGUAUCCAGAUUGGUAUUCUGUCGCAAUUGGCCCCGGCUCGCGCUGGUGAUGUUUCUCGCCUCGCCUUCUCUGCCCUGGUGUCGGGCGUUUUCUCUACCCUGACCUCGGCCGCCGUUGCCGGCCUUGUCGUCACCAACCAGGCUACACUUGUCAGCGUCAAGCCGAGUUGA